UUUUGUUGAUAACUUGAAGUGGAAAGCGGGGGCGCUGUAGUUUUGUCAAAGUUUGUUGGAAAUCCAGCUACGUUAGUUUCUGUUAUACCUUUAAAGUGGGCUGAAAAACAUGUAACUUAUGUCCAUGAAGUUGAAAGUUUUUGAACUUUGCAUAACAACAGCCUCAUGAAAGAGUCAACUGUAGAAGAAGAGCUGUCAGCAAAAACAGAAGAGACGUUUCCAGAGAGCGAUGACUUGGAACAUAAAUAUUAUGCUAUUUCUUUUCCCUCUGGAACAACUUGUGAAGGGGUUCCUGUGGGAAAACCUUUGGUAUUGGAAAAUAAGGCUGAUGCUCUGCGUAUUAUAAAACAGUACAAAGGUGCAAGGUUUAAGGAAUUUACAAAUAAAACUGAUGCUAUUAAAUUUGCUUCUGAAGCUGUAACUUGUCCAUCUCCUGCACCUGAUUCAGCUCACUUUACUUCUGCAGCUAAGGAAUCAGAUUUGUCAAAAGAAUCAUCUAAUUUAAAAUCUGUCACAAGUCAGCAAAUUGUGAAGCUCCGGAAAGCAAUUGAAAAGGGUGAUAUAUAUAAUUUCAGACGAACAGUAUGGGAAAAUCCAAGAUAUCUUAUUACUGGUGGUGACUUUCCAACCACCAUGCAGGAAGGAUCUCAUUACAAUGCUCUGCAUGUAGCUGCAAGAUAUAAACGAGAAAUCUUCUGUGAACUUAUUUUGAAUACUAUCCAGGAUCCUGCAUUUUUUAAACUGAUAUAUGAGGAUGACACUAAUGAAGCUCGAAUGGAGCGCAUUCGACAUGUAACUGAUUUGUAUAUCAACACUCCAGACAAAGCUCUGUGUGAAACACCACUGCAUUUUGCUGCUAAAUUUGGAUGUUUGCAGAUGAUUAAAACUCUCUUAUCCCACCCUUUAUGUGAUAAAACUAAAACAAACAAAUAUGGACUAACUGCAGAACAGAUGAUCUGUGAGAGGUGUCCUUCUUGUUCAGAUGAUCUGAAACAAGAAAUUUCCGAAGCCUUUGAAACUCUGUAUUAUGUUCCUGUUUUACGUCAAGAUUGCAAUCUAAUGCCUGCAAUUGUAGGGAAACCCUGUUUAGCACACGUAAUAAAAUCAUCUUCAUGUACUGCCUCUAACGCACAGCCAUCCGAUGUCCAUCAUAACUCUCUUUCUGUAAAGGCAUAUGCUGGACCUAUGCCUCGCAAAGUCGCUGAUGCCUUUUAUUCAAUAUGGAAAAAUCCAGGAUCACCACAACCUGUAUCAUAUUCUGCUGGAGAUCAAAAAACAGUAAAUGAAAUUCGUUUGUCAGAUUUAGAGAAAGGUCUCGAAAGACUUGGCCGAGCUCUGGCUGAAGACUUUGGAACACAGUGGACAGAAUAUUGGCCAGUCCUUGAUGCUUGGUUAAAUUUAGCAUCACCUGAAGGAUUAGACAGAUUUGAAUCAUACUUGGAAAGAAAAUUGCAGGACCGCAGCAUAAGGGAACAGAAAGAACUUAAUGCAUUAGUUAAUUCUGUUUCUGACCAUUUUCAAGAACUGGCAACUGAACUCGUCUCCAAUGAUUCUCUCGCAGAAGAUAUUGUGGAUAAACAUCUGUGUGUUUUUGAUAAUCUUCUUCAUUCUUUUGAAGAAAUGUAUUGCAUUUUGAAGACUGAAAAGAUGAAUCAUGAACUUCGUUUAAUUCAUAGUAAUUUAGCUACCUUACUUAAUGCUUCCUUGAGCUCAUCAAUGGAUGCGCCUUCCAUUACGGAUGUUAAAAAUCACAUCAAAUUAUGCUUGUGCCCUUCUAUUGGGCAAACUGUUGAAAAGCUUGAAAGGCCAGAUGUAGUUAUUCCUUUGCAGCACCUUCUUUGUGUUCUUAAUUAUUUUUGUGAUGAGGAAUCUUCUCCCAAUCAAUCAAAUUGUAAAUGUUUAUGGAAAAAAGAAUUCUGUGCAAACCCCCAUCUGGGAGCCAUAUUUAAUAAUAUAAUUUCUGGUCAUAUAAGGUUUUAUCAGGCAGAAGAAAAGAAAGAGUGCAGCAGUGGGGAUUUCAAUGAAGCCUUUAAAAGUGUCAUAGAAGCAUUAGACUCGGCAUAUUUGGAUGAACUGAUGGGUUAUUCCACUGAGUUCAUGGAUGCUGAGGAAGUGUUUUCUACACCUCCAGAAACACCUCACUUCAAAACUCCAUCCCGAUGUGUGGAUAAUUUUGAAGAUGUGACUGAAUAUUGGUCUCCUGUGUCCAAGCAUGAUAUCGAUAUGUGCGUAGCCUUAAAAAACUGUGAUGUUGACCCUCAGAGAUAUCCAUGUGUUUACAAAUGGAGAAAAUUUGUCCGAGCUACAUUGUUAAAACAGACGAGCAAAGCUGUAACUCCGUUAAGUCUUGCUGCUCCUAAACUUUCCUGUAGGUUUCCAAAAGCAUCAGAAGUGCGAAAGACUUUAUUCUGACAACCAGCUCAGUAUUUUAUAUACCUCUAUUAAUUUUUUUAACAUAUUGCAAAGUAAUAAAUAAUAUAUUUAUGAUAAGCAUUUCGUGAUACUAAAUGUUAACAAUUAUGUACAUAGAGGCAUCAAAGCUAAAUACAGUCUGUGUGUAAUCUAAUGAAAUAUUUUAAAAGAUUAAAAUAUUUUAUAUAAAUUAAAAUCUGUAAAUCAUUUAAAACUUGUAUAUGUAAUUUUAUAGCUGAAUACUGAAAAUUAUAUUAUUAAUUUUUAAUAGGACAAACAGUUUCUAAUUUUUUUCUUUCAUUUUGUGUAGUAAAUAUAUGGAAUAAUUAAUAUUAAAUUUUAGUUUGAAAAUGGCAAUAUAUUCAUUCUUUGCAUGAGGAGGCUACUAUUUCCACUAAACAUGCAAGUUAGGGAAACUGAUGAAAGUGCCAGGGAAAUAAGUAUACUAGGAAAAAACUACUCGCACAACAAUAUAUGUGCUGUGCCAUAUUUCAGAUUGAUUGUUUUCGAAAUGCAUUUCAGCUUUCUUGUUAAGUAAAAAUGAAACUUAUAAAAACUGUGGAAAAUUCUUAUUUUGAUAUUAAUAUACAAGUAAAAUGAAAAUUUUAAUGUUAUUCAAACUAAAUAAGUACUUCUAUAGUUAUUUAUUUCCCAACCUUAUUUUUAUGACACCUUGUACUAAUGUGGCAAACUUUUAUUUCUGUUUUUAAGAUUUUACUGCUAUUGUAAGUUAAACGGAAAGCAAAAAAUUAAAUUAAAAAAUAGACAUUAUAUGGGAAAUCCAUCCUCUGAAGAAUAAAUCACAGUAAACCCUUGUCGAAUAUGUGGUUUAUGUCAUUAACGCACAUAUAGCAAAAUCACAUUCCACAAAGUUAACUUUCUAUGAAUAAAAUAUAUGUAUAGUCCAGAUUAAGAAAGUAUGUGUAAUUUAUGCAAACGUAAAUAUUAUUUAAUUAAAAAAAAUGAAACAAACGGGUAACUGAAGUAAACUUAUAUUACUGUCUAAAAAGCAGGUGUAUAAUACUAUUAUUUUUAAAUAGCUGAUGAUUUUUGCUUGAGACAGUGUCUUGACAUAAUUUGUUAAACAUUUUACAGUAAGGCUUGCUAAGUUUUUCACUGCCCUUCUAAAGUGUUUUAUUCUUUCUUCAUAACAAAAUUAGAUAGUUCUUGUACCUUUUCUAGCAAUUCAUUUAACUUCUUAUACAUUAAAGCUAAUAUCGUAUAAGCUGUUAUCGUCUUCACUAUCAUUGCUUUCACCAUUAGUUGGUGUUAUAAGAUCAUCCAAUUUGUUAUUUUACGAUCAUCACUCUCAAAUAAUUCUUUGAUUUCUCUUUCUUCUGUAUCUUAGAAUUCUUCACCGCCUAUUACUUAUGUAAUUUGUACAAUUUCCUUGAAUUAAUUUUCAGUUCAUGAUAAUCCUUUAAAACUGUUGAUAACAUUUGGUCAGUUUUGAUGUCAGCAAGCAUUCAUUGUUGAUGAAUUCACAUUCCCACACGAGUUUAAUCAUUUUUAUAUAGUGUCGUACUUUAAAUUGCUUUCAAAAUGCCAUUAGUAUGGCAUGCUUUUCUUUGUCUAGUGCUUUAUUUUGCAGAGAUGUAAACAUACCCAACAUAAAAGGUUCUUUUUUUUUAUUUAUUUAUUUAUUUAUUUUUUUUUUUUUUAUUUCUUGAUCCAUUGGUGGAUUAAGGAAAUGAUGUUUCGUGGAAGGAAUAAAACCUCUACAUCUGGAUGCAAUGUUGUGAUUCCUUCAGUACUAUGUCCUGGAGCAUUACUUUAAAGGUUAGAUUUUGCUCUUCUAAGUCAUGCUUGUCUUCUUUAAUGACUGAAUUUUCGAACCAGUUGUUAGAGGACUGACUACCUGAAUGUGGAUGACACUCUGCAGCUUAACAUGCAUAAUUCAAAUUCUUACAUCAAGUAAAUUAUAAUGACGAAAAUUAAGAAAAUGAAAUGGUACAAGAAAGACUGUAUUUUGAAAAUGCAAGUGUAAUUUCAUUCCAAAUUAUUCAUUAAUUAAUAAAAAGAAAAAUUGAGAUGAGAAAUACAGUCAAUUCUAUGUAAAUGAAACACUAGUUAAUAAUAUCAGCUGCUUUUUCGGGCCAGAUCUCAAAGAACAAAACCCAAAGUAGUACACAAUUUAAAUACUCAUUGAUUGGGACAAAAGAAAGAGAUGGAAUUUAGUAAUUUUUUUAUCUGUAUUUUCAGGAUUUUUCAAAAUUAUGUCAACAUUUGUCAAAUGUUUCAUAUUAUGUCAAUAUUUGGUAACACUGGUACAAUGUAUCUACUUAACCAAUAUUCUGUAUAUAGUACAUAGCAAUGUACUAUUGUACUGCAUAGUACUUAGCAAUAUCCAUUUACAAUGUUGAAUAUAACUAAAUUUUUUAAUCUUAGCAAAGAUGCCAAGCAAUGGUUUUAUGCCCUCAAACAAAAAUGCUUUGUUAGAUAAAAUUAAAAGUCAAGUACUGGAAUAUAAGCCAUCGUAGACAUGUUGAUGUAAACUGAUGCUCCAGAAUCUACCACAGCACAUCUACAACCACCACCAUAAAAAAAAAAAAAAAAAAAAAAAAAAAAAAAAAAAAAAAAACCUGCAUGAGUAGGUAUUAGAGAAAAAAAUUCCAUCACGCUGAGGAAGAGACAUGAUGUGAAUAGUAGCCCAGUGCUGAAGGCAGAGUCCGAGGUUAGGUGACUUGAUUAUGGCAAAGUACAAGGGCUGUCUGCCUAAGAGGAAAGAUGCGUUUUAUGCUUUUCUAAGGGUAACUGCACGUGGGGAAAACUGACCUGUUUUCUGGGUUCGAACUGGAAAAGUCUGAGGAGACUGCUAAAAAGCAGGGCCAUAACAAUUUUGAAGCAACCGAUGGUUGGUUGUCUUGCUUUCCACCAAGACACAAUAUCUAAUUUAAAAAAAGGAUAGUGAACAUAGUGUGAGUACCAAACAGUGGUAAAAACUAAAAGCCAUACUGUUUUAGAGAAUUUCUAUUCAGAUGAUGUUUCCAAUACUGAUAAAACUGGCUUCUGUUAUCAUGCUACAACAGAUUGCUCUUUAUCAUAAGCACAUUACACUGCCAGGAUGUAAAAGAAUACGGAAAGUAUUACUAUGCAAUUUAUGUGGGUACUGCUAAAGAAAAAUUACUAAUCGUAAGAAAAAAUUGCUAAGCCUUGAUGCUUUAAGGUAAUGUUUUUCAAUGAGUGAUCCUUGAAACUUGUUCUUAGGAUCCUCCUAGUUUUCCAAAAAAAUAAAAAAAUUCAGUUUGGAAACUACACAUGGAAAAUUUAUAUCACCUUUUUCUCCUAAGACUAAAACAUUUUCCGAAAUUGAUAACCGAUUACAUAUGGACUUCCCACUCCAAUUUUAGCAACAAAAGAGGGAUUUAAAGCACCAACUGUAGUAGUGCUUACUAGCAUAUAUCCAGACAUAGAAUGGCUAUGCAAGAAUUGGCAGGCUCAUCCAUAUUAUUAAUAGGAGUACCUACAAUUAUUUAUUUAGUUUAUACAGUAAAGAUUCUUCAAAUAACUUUGAAUUAUUAAAAACAAAUAAAAAUUUUCAUUAAUUUUUUUAAAAAUAUAAUUAAGUAAAGUACAAAAAAAAAUAAAUCACUAACUUAAUUAGAAAUAGCCCUUUAAAUUCAAUUGCAUACCCUCUUAAAAUCCAAGCUCUUCAGUGUUCCACACUGCCGAAAAUUCUAACCAAUCUCUCCUUAGAAUCUAGGCAACGACUUUGCAUUCAUAUAAAUAGCCUGCUGUUACUUCGUCAUUCCUUUUUCUGCUUCUAGCUCCUGCUUCACUACAUGUAAUAAUUGUGUGUUGACUUUGUCAAUUGUUUGGAAAGAUGUUGUACUGUUAUUGUAAAGUACUUAUUCAUAACAGAACAAAAAAUGGAGUUUCAGCAGAUAUGUACUAAAUCAUUCUUCCGAAAAUAAAUUUAUGCUGCGGCAAAAUUUUUUUUAUGAUUCUUCAAAAGUGCAGUCAUCUAUAAUGUAGCAUAAUUGCAAUGAGUAAUUAUCCAUCUUCACCCGGUUAAUUGCAAAACAACUGAUAUCUCUGCAUAGAAAAUGUUUCUUCAUUUCCACAGCCUAAAUCAUAACAAGUAUACUGGUAAGUAACGUAUGGUAACAAAAUUGCUUUUGAAGGGAAUAACAGUAUAGAGGUUCAUAUAACAUUUUAAUAAAACUAUUGUCAGACUUAACUGGCCAUCACAGAGGAUUGAAAAUUGACAAAGAGGGUAGGGAAAACUACAGGAACUUUCAUAACUGCUAGACAUAGAACUGACAACUGCACACAUGCCCAGCCAUCCUUGCUGAAUUGCUAAAAAUUGGGGUAUUAUUUAAGAGACCAGACCUCUAUGUGAUAUUUUGCAGAUUCCCAGGGCGUCAUUUCUGUGAUGUAUAUUUAAAUUAACUACAACUGUAACUGUAACUAAAAAUAACUUUAACUUAGCAUUUCGUUGUUGUGAUGCACGUAUUACUGUGCUAACUGAAUGUCAUGUGAACUGUUUAAAAAUGUAAUAAUAAAAGUUUUGAAUUCUUGAGUUAUA